AUCCAGGAGCUCCAGAAACUUUGCUUGUUUGCGCCGGAGGAGAGGAGAUGAGGAGCUUGCUGUUGUGGACUGUGUGCUCGCUAUGUUCAGUCACGGCGGUGGUUCGAAGCGCAUCUAAGGUUUCAAUGGUGCCUCUGACCUUGAUUCAUGGAGCUGACUCCAAAGGAGCAGUGUGUCUAGAUGGGACGUUACCUGGUUAUCAUCUACAUCGUGGUUUUGGUUCAGGUGCUAACAGUUGGCUUAUCCAUCUUGAGGGUGGAGGAUGGUGUAACGAUCAUAGUAGCUGUGUGUUUCGUAAAACAACUCGUCGUGGUUCCUCUAAGUUCAUGGAGAAGGCUUUGAAUUUUACAGGAAUAUUGGGCAAUAAACCUCAAGAUAAUCCUGACUUCUAUAACUGGAACAGAAUCAAGUUGCGUUACUGUGAUGGUGCGUCUUUCUCUGGGGAUAGUCAGGAUGAGGGUUCACAACUUUUCUAUCGAGGAAAACGAAUCUGGCAAGCAGCUAUGGAAGAGUUCAUGUCUCUAGGAAUGCAGAAAGCAGACCAGGCUCUGCUUUCUGGGUGUUCAGCGGGAGGAUUAGCUUCUAUCUUACACUGUGAUGAUUUCAGAGAACGGUUACCUAUUUCUACAAAAGUAAAGUGCUUAAGUGAUGCUGGAAUGUUUCUGGAUGCUGUGGAUGUCUCUGGGGGACAUUCUCUUAGGAAUAUGUACCAUGGUGUUGUUACAGUCCAGAACCUCCAAAAGGACUUGUCUAGUACAUGUACAAACCAUUUGGAUCCUACUUCGUGUUUCUUUCCUCAGAACUUGGUUUCAGACAUCAAAACUCCUAUGUUUCUUCUCAACUCAGCAUAUGACUCAUGGCAGGUCCGACAGAGCUUAGCUCCUUCAUCUGCUGAUCCAAGAGGCUUCUGGAAGCAUUGUAAAUCAGAUAUCUCGAGUUGUAAUUCAUCACAGAUUCAAUUCUUACAAGAAUUCAGGAAACAAAUGGUCGUUGCUUUAAACUCAUUCUCAGCAACUCCACAGAACGGUCUUUUCAUAAACUCUUGCUUCACGCAUUGUCAGUCUGAAACACAAGACACUUGGUUUGCACAAAAUUCUCCCAAGUUAAACGGAAAAAGAGUGGCAGAGUCUGUAGGUGACUGGUAUUUCGACCGAACCAACAAUGUCAAAGCCGUUGACUGUCCUUACCCAUGCGACAAAACAUGUCACCACCUGAUUUUCCAAUAAACUUAGUUCAAUAUUUGUGUUAAAAUAAGCUUUAUACAGCUCUAUAAAUCUCAGAUUCUUCAAAGAUUAGUGCUUCUUUGGUCCCUCUAGUGUUUGACAAAAACUCUUACCUCAGAUUCUUUAGUUUAGUAGGUAUAGAGUCAGAAAACCUUAUUCUUUUCAUACCUCUUUAAGUUAUUUAUAACUAGUGGUGGGCACGGAUCGGAUAUCCGGGUUUUUUAAGGUAUUUGUGAUUUG